AGUCAUGAGAACAGCAAGGAGAGCCAGCAACGUAGAGGUUCCCUCCUUCUUGCGCCAGCUGGUGAAGGAGACGGGCAAAAUGGUUACCUUCUUCUUCAAGGGGGAGAAGGCGGAAGGUGUGUCGAAUGGCAUGGAGGACGAUGAGGACGACGACAUGCCCAGCCCUUACCUGGAGAGGCCCAUCCUGGAGAAACACACCGCUGAAGGGGAGGCGAAGUGGGGCAGCAACUAUGCCCUGGCCAGCAUGCAGGGCUGGAGGGCCCAGAUGGAGGAUGCUCACACCUGCACCCCUGAGAUAGACGGAGACCUCUCUGACUGGGGCUACUUUGCCGUGUUUGACGGGCAUGCCGGCAGCACAGUAGCACAGUACUGCUCCCGGAACCUCCUGGAUCACAUACUGGCCACAGGCAUGGUGAAAGCAGAGGAGGACAAAGAGGACGUGAUGGAGGGGAUACGUGAGGGCUUCCUGCGCAUCGACAAGCACAUGCACACGCUCUCCCGGCAGGAGAACUGGGACCGCAGCGGCUCCACGGCGGCCGCCGUCAUGAUCUCGCCGCACCACAUCUACUUCAUCAACUGCGGCGACUCGCGGACCCUGCUGUGCCGCGGCGGGCGUGUCUGCUUCUACACCGAGGACCACAAGCCCAUCAACCCGCGCGAGAGGGAGCGCAUCCAGAACGCGGGGGGGUCCGUCACCCUGCAGCGCGUCAACGGCUCCCUGGCCGUCUCCCGCGCGCUGGGCGACUUCACCUUCAAGGAGGUGGAGUGGCGGCCGCAGACGGAGCAGCUGGUGUCGCCCGAGCCGGAGGUGUACGAGCUGGAGCGCACCCCGGAGGACGAGUUCCUGGUCCUGGCCUGCGACGGCGUGUGGGACGCCAUGAGCAACGAGGACCUGUGCGCCUUCGUGCACAGCCGGCUGCAGGUCUGCGACGACCUGCGGGAGGUCUGCACCCAGGUCAUCGACCUCUGUCUCUACAAGGGCAGUGUUGACAACAUUAGCAUAAUCAUCAUUUGCUUCCCUGGUGCCCCCAAGAUGUCACAGGAGGCACUGCAGCAAGAGGCUGAGAUGGAGGAACUGCUCGAAGCCAAAGUUGCAGAGGCCUUCAGGAUGAUGAGAUCGAGAGAUGAAGAACCGGACCUGCUCUUUGUAAUGAAGUUCCUGGCCUCAGAAUCGAUACCUGGACUGCCACCUGGAGGUGGCGUUACCAGCAAGAGGGACUGUAUCAUUGCUGCCUAUCAGAAGCUUGUAGCUACCUACACACCCCAAGAGCCCACAGACAUAGGUGGCUCUGAGGACUCCAGCUAG